ACCAAGGCGCUUGACUGCUGUUCUAUUUCUAGAAGUUUGUCCUACUCGGUGCAGGACAACAUGAGCAGCACUAUAUGGUAUCUUAUAGAUCAAUCUGGCUGGUUAUGCACGCAUAAUUCCGUCGCCCUUAGUGGAUGUUCCUGAAUGUGGAGUACCCCAUGCUGCCCCUCCAUCCCUGCUUCUAAGUUUUGUAUACAUCGCAUACCUACGAUUCUCCGAGGGAAGCUUCUUUCCACCUUUAUCAGAGUAUUUACCUCGCUCCUGAGUGUACUACCACUGCAAUGUGUUCUCUACCCAACUGUGACUCCAUCGUAUACAACUUCCCAAUCCGGUAAUCGAAUCCCCUCGUGCCCCUCACCAGAAUAAAACUCGAACUCCUCGAUCAUGACUUUCCCACUCUCAUACAUGCUCCUUCAACACAUCGGCACUACCGCGCCUCGGAGAGCAAGAUGCUUCAUAUAGCAAUCUUGGACACCGACGUCCCCGUCCCAACCGUCUACGCCGCUCGCGGUCUCUACAGCUCUCAGUUCCGCCACCUUCUCCAAUCCGCGGCGUCGCGACUCAACUUCUCCGCUUCAGAUAUUCACACAACAGCCUUCGAUGUCGUAGGCGGCUCUCUACCACCUCUUCAGAGCCUGCGCACAUUACCACGUCCCCCACCAGGGACGAAGGGUUCAGCAAUAAAUGGAGGAUCAAGCACCGUGAAUCCACACUCCCUCCCCAUCGACGCGAUACUUAUUACCGGGGCUGCCGCGGCGGCAUACGAGUCCGCAAAAUACCCAUGGAUCGUCACUCUACAGACUUACCUGCAAACGGUCUUCAAUGAUUACCCCCACGUCAAGAUGUUCGGCUCGUGCUUCGGCCACCAGCUCAUCGGCCAGGCUCUUCUUUCAGCACAAGCGCAGACUCCAGAACCACCGAGCGUGAUCGUCGAAGCGUGCCCUCGCGGCUCAGAGGUGGGCCUCACCUCUAUAACGCUCGAUCCGGAAUUUGUUGCGCAUUUCCCGAACCUUUCCCCUGCCUCGUUGCCGGUUGCCAACCAGCUCCGCCUGCAGAUGAUUCAUGGCGACUGGGUCUCUCUUUUACCUGGGAUGAAGGCACUGCCGGCGCCGUGGACGAACGUUGGAUCAACGGAGCUUUGUCCCAUACAGGGGCUGUAUUAUCCUGGUCGAGUAUUGACGUACCAGGGCCACUUUGAGUUCGAUGUCUUUGUGAACACGGAGACGUGCUUGGAAUUCGGGAGAAGGGACGGAUGGAACGGCUGGAAUUCCAAGGAUGUGGAGGGGUAUCUUGGCCUGAUCAAGAAGGGGAGAGUCGAGGGGAUGGCCGAGGACGAUGAUGAUGCGAAGGUUGCGGCGGAGAUUGUGAUGCUGUUUUUUGCCAGCUCAUGAUUUAUUGGAAUAUAAUAAUCCAUAUAGGGAAUAGAUUAUACACAUUGGGAUUAUGACAGUGGGCAGGGCCGUUUUCCCGAAAAGUGCAGAAGCACUAUAUAGUAUUCGUCACGGCAGUUCCCCGACAUCCCGCAAAAAUUGGCGGAGAUGGCUGAGCUUCCCCAAAUCCCA